CUUCAGUCAGUGGCCCCGAAGAAGUUGCUACUCGAACUCGAACGUGUUUGAAAGUGCAAUGAUUGAAUCUGCAAGAGUAAGGAGCACAUGAGACGGUCUCCUGAGGAAGAGUUUCGUGGAGACGACUAGAGGCUGGAUGAAUGAGAAAAGAGACAUGUUGACUCCAUCAAAAAGGUGUAAUUCCUCUCUUAUGGGAGGGAUAGAAAAACCAAGUUCAGCUCCUUCCUUCGACGAGUCGUAUCUUGGCGAUUUGAUCGAGUUUCAGGCUGUUCUUGAGUCUUCGCCCCCUCUGCGGAAUCCGAAAGGAGAAAAGAGAAGCAUCUCAAGCGCAAAAUGAGGAAGUCGCGGCUCGCAAAAAGACCAGAAGCAGACGGUCUUAGCCGAAAGCGACGCCACGAAGCUGGUUAGGAUGACGCUGGCGGAGCGUCGAGCUAGAGGACUUCGGGUACCGCCAACGAAACCAAAAGAUGAAGCCUACCGAAUCUCGAAAGAGAGACUAGUGGAAUGGAACAAGUAGGCCAAAGAGGAGAAAAGGGUUUAGGGUUUGGCCUCACGCUCACAUUUGACAUUGACAUCAGUGUCGAUGUCGAUGGAUCCACCUCAUCUACAA